CUAGUGCAUAGACUAGGAGCAACGCCGGCCUCAGGCACCUCAUUCGAAUAACGGUGACCAGUCAGUGACAGAUACUAGUCAGCCGUUUUUAUUUAGUUUUUUAUUUGUUAAAUAUUUAACAAGAAGUGUGUGAAAACGCUUCGCCGAAUUUAACGACCAGGCCGUUCAAAGUAAACGAGAAACAGUCAAGAUGCCUUUCAAGCCAGUUGAAAACCCAAAAUGCCCCAAGUGCGAAAAGUCCGUCUACGCGGCCGAAGAGCGCGUUGCAGGCGGCUACAAAUACCACAAGUCGUGCUUCAAGUGCGGCAUGUGCAGUAAAAUGCUCGACUCGACCAACUGCGCCGAACACGAAAAGGAAUUGUACUGCAAGAACUGCCACGCCCGCAAGUACGGACCCAAGGGCUACGGCUUCGGCGGCGGCGCGGGCUGCUUGAGCAUGGACACCGGCUCCCACUUGGGCGGAGACCCGAUCAUGAACCGCGUGCCCUUGACGCCGCCGAAGGCCAUGUCGAAGGCACCGGACGGUGAGGGCUGCCCCCGAUGCGGCGGGUUCGUCUACGCCGCCGAGCAGAUGUUGGCGCGAGGCAGGGGAUGGCACAGGCGAUGCUUUAAGUGCAACAAUUGCGAUAGAACAUUGGAUUCGACGUCACAUUGUGACGGCCCCGACGAGGAGGUGUAUUGUCGAGUCUGCUAUGGUAAGCGCUUCGGUCCCAAGGGCUACGGUUACGGCCAGGGCGGAGGCACCUUGCAGAGCGACUGUUACGCCGACUUUGAGCAAGCUCCCAAGACGACCGUCAUCGACACUGCCAAGAUCAAGGCCCCACCCGGCCAAGGCUGCCCUCGCUGCGGCGGCGUAGUAUUCGCCGCUGAGGAGGUGUUGGCCAAGGGCCGUCCUUGGCAUCGCAAGUGUUUCAAGUGCAAGGACUGCACCAAGACUCUCGAUUCGAUCAUCGCUUGCGAUGGCCCCGACAAGGAUGUCUACUGCAAGACCUGCUAUGGCAAGAAGUGGGGCCCACACGGUUAUGGUUUUGCUUGCGGCUCUGGAUUCCUUCAAACCGACGGUUUGACUGAGGAUCAAAUUUCAAACGCACGACCCUUCUACAACCCCGACACGACCUCGAUCAAAGCCCCUGAAGGGCAGGGCUGUCCCCGCUGCGGCGGCAUGGUCUUCGCCGCCGAGCAACAGCUCGCCAAGGGCACAAUGUGGCACAAGAAGUGCUUCAAUUGCGCCGAAUGCCAUCGUCCACUCGACUCAAUGCUGGCCUGCGAUGGCCCCGACAAGGAAAUCCAUUGCCGCGCCUGUUAUGGCAAACUUUUCGGCCCCAAGGGUUUCGGCUUCGGCCAUACCCCCACUCUAGUAUGCGCCGAUGCCACCGCACCAGCACUGCACUCCGCCAGACCCAACUCCGGCCAGAAGGCACCAGAAGGCCAAGGAUGCCGUCGUUGUGGCUACGCUGUCUACGCCGCUGAGCAAAUGAUCAGCAAGAACGGCGUGUGGCAUAAGCGUUGCUUCGCCUGCUGUGAAUGCAGCCGCAGUCUCGACUCUACCAACUUGAACGACGCACCCAACGGUGAGAUCUACUGCCGAGGCUGCUACGCCAAAUUCUACGGCCCGAAGGGUGUUGGUUUCGGCCUGGGCGCAGGCACACUGACGAUGGCCUAAAUCUCUCCAAACUUCUUUUAUUUACUCGUCCAGCAAUGAUCCACUUCGCCUAACGCGCAAUCAUCGCUUGUCUAUUCAACAUCGUCAUCCAAAACAACAACAAAUCAACCCAAAAAUACAACCUGACCAAAAACCAUAAAUGACAAGUAGGCGAGCUUGAUUGUGUCAUACCAUAAGCGACUUGCUUGACUUUCUAGGCUUUUACUUAAUUUAUUUUUACUUUAGGGCUAUUUUACCAAAAUACUUUGUUAACGUGUGUGAGUGUAAAUUUUUUGUACGACUCCUUUUUUGCGUAGAUAAGACUUAUCGAUUAAUUACUUGAUUACUUACUUGUUUACAUAAUUAUUCUUUGGAGAGUGUGAGGAAGGAAGGGUGCGCAUUAUUAUUAUGGGGUAGAUAUUUCAAUGUUUUUCUGAAGACUCUAACAUCAAGAUUACGAACGAAUCGCAAACUUAAAAAGAAUGCAAAAUUCAUGAUACUAAAACUAUUAAACUACGAAAUAAUGACGAAAAUCAAAGAUGAAUUUCGAACGUGUUCGAUUACGCUGAUUAUGCUAUUCUGUCACUGUACUUGUAUAAAUGUUAUUCAUGUAUUAUCAAUCAAUUAUUAAAAAAGAACAACAAAA